AUGAAUGAACUUAUAUAAAAAAAGCGUGAAAAUUUUCGAGUUGAAAUAAGAAGAUAAUCAUUGUAGAAGAUAUUUUGUUAAAAGAGAGUGAUUAAUUAUGAGAAAAUAAAAUUUAAUUGUGAAUUGAAUAAUGAAAAAGAGGGAAAAUUUCAAGAAUAGAAAAAUAAUGAGAAAAGCUAUAAUAAGGAUUUAGGUAUUUGAUUUUUGGUAAUUAUAAUUUAGAUGAAACGAUUCAAGAAUAUUUAUUUUAAAUAUUCAAUCAAGAAAACAUUUCAAUAUCAUUUAGCAUAGAUUUAAUCAAUAAAGUUCUAAAUAAUUAAGAUUUAAGAGAAUUUUUUGAGGAAAAUAAGAAAUACAAAAUUUAACUUUAAAGUUUCUUAGUGAAAGUAUUAGAUCUUUUUUAGUCAUAAUAAGAGAAAUUAAAAUAUGAUUAAUUAUUAUUAACGAUUAUUGAGUCAGAUCUUUUAAAAUUAUCUGAUUUAAAAUAAGUAAAAAUAAUAAUAUAGUAUAGUCAUUUACAUAUUGUUGUAAAGAAUUCAUAACAGAUAGAAUAACAAUUGAUAAAGCUUUAUUUAUGAGUAAAAUGAUGAAAAAAUAUUAAAAUGCAAGCGAAUAUUUUUGGAAAGAAUUAAAUGAAUUUCAUUUCCAAAAUGAAUGUGCAUGGUUAUUAAUUUUAAAAUUUUUAAGAGAAAAUCAUCAGUAAUAUGCUAUAAGUAAACUAUUAAUUUCAAUGAUAUUAAUUCUUAUGUAAAUAGCAAAACCUAAAAUAUAUUAAGGAAUUGUUAAUAAUGAUUUAAUUUAAACUUUGAGGUAAAAUUUAUAUACAAAUGAAUCAUAAGCAAUAAAAUCAUUAGAAUGUUUUAAUUAUAUAUUUUGGUAAGGAGCUAAAGAAUCAAGAUUUUUGCCUUUAGUAAUUGAUUCUUUUUUAGAUAUUCUUCUUAAUAAUCCUCAUGCAUCUUAUCGUAUUUCGAUAUCAAUUUUGGAUUGUUUUGAAAUAGUUUCAUAAUAUUAAGAUUUAGAUAUGCCUUUAAUUAAUAAUAAUGAACUUAUAAAUUGUUUAAUUUAUAUGCUUAAGGAUGAAAUAAUGUAAGUCAAUGAAGUUGUGUUAAGAUUUCUAAUUAGUUAUUUAGGAUAAUGUAGUGAUGAAUUUAUUUUAGGAAUUAUUGGAGAUCAUAAUUUUUAAAAUAUUAUUGAAGAUUUAACAAUGAGUUUAAAUAAAAAUGUUUAAAAAUAUGCAACAAAAAUUAAAUUGAUUUACUUAAACUGA